AUGAAGAGUGUAAACCCAGUGAAGAUGUUGGCGGCGUUUGCUCUGGGUUUUCUGGUGUCGAGUGUGACUGAGGGACGGAUUAUCAGUAAAUGUGAGCUGAAGGAGCAGCUGGAGGCGGCUCAGAUUCAGGUGAUUCGGGCCAUGGGAGACAAAAUGACCGUGAACGAUCUCAACGCUAGACUUGUCUGCUUGGCCGGCGCUACAGGCUUCAACACCAGCUUCAAAGACAUCCCCGCCAAACCUAAAGAGCCCUUAAAUAGCCACUCCAUAAAACCGAACACAACGCAGCGUCCCGUCAGGCACCUGUACGGUGUGUUUCAGCUCAGUGAUCAGCUGGCCUGUGAUUCCGGCAUGAACCCAUCUCUCAAUGUCUGCAACACGAGCUGCACUGCUUUUACUGACGAUGACGUCACAGAUGACAUUGCCUGCCUGAAUAUCAUUAUUAGCAGCAUUAAACCUAGACCCAAAAACAACAUCACUCUUCCACUUGUAACGCUGAGCACUAUUUUGGUUAAGGCGUGUCACUUUGUGGUUCCCUCUCUGUAUUUUGCUGAGUUACGUGUGAGGCCCAACGGCCCCUCUUUCCACCUUUUAGGCCGCAUCCAAGACCUACAGUCAGGCCAGUUCCUAUCUUCACCACAGCCUCCACAACAAAGCCAACCUCAAGACCCACCACAAUAA